AUGAAAAAUCAAAACAAGAUUCCUUUCAGUGAAGAAGACGCAGCUUCUCUAUUGGAGAGAUACGAUGCACAGACUGUUUUGACGUUGCUUCAGGAAUUGUCGAAUUAUCCACAUUUAAAGUUCAACUGGAGUGAUUUGGUGGCCAAAACCUCAACGGGAAUUUCUAACGCUAGAGAGUAUCAGAUGCUGUGGCGGCAUUUGGCGUAUGGUCACUCCAUGGAAAUUUUGGACCACGACGCUCAACCUUUGGAGGAUGACAGUGACAUAGAGUGUGAACGAGAAGCAUUACCCCACUUAAACAGGGAGACUGCAACACAAGCUGCAGCAUGUGUUCAGGUAAUUGCUGCAUCCUAUAAAAUGAGUGAAUCCACUCCUACUAGUUCAAUGAUUCAAGCUCCAUUACCUAUAAAUAUUCCAACCUGUACUCUUACUGGUCAGGAAAGUUCAGAAGGUUCCUCCACUUCGAGUAGCCAACGUUCAGACAUUAUUUUUCCAGUAACAGUCAAAAGACAGACCUUACCAAAUGUAUUGGUUGGGGAAGGUACAUCCCUAAAAAAGAAAAGAGAACCGUGGUCAGAACAAGAGGAUAUUCAAUUAAGGGAUGCAGUUCAGAGAUGGGGUGAAGGUAAUUGGGCAAAUAUGAUCAAAAGAGAUGACUUUCCUAUUAAGAGAAGUACCUCACAAUUAUCUAAGAGAUGGAGCACAAUAAGGAGGAGGGAUGCCAACAUUAAUUGA